CUCUUUCUCUCCUCCUCCUCCUCUUCUUCUCUUUCUUUCUGCCACAGCCACCCCCACCCCCCAACUCUCGGGCCGCUCUCGGGCCUCGACAAAGUUGCAAUAGCUGCCGCCCCUUUGCAGCCUGUUCGCAAGGCAGGGAAAAGGGGUGGUGGCGGGGUGGGGAGAAUCAGGACUUUGCAAAUACCCUGAGAGCGAGCCGAGAGCGAGCGAGAGCGACUGAGAGCUUCAUCGUCCGACAGACAAAGACUUUGCAAAAGGCAAACAGCACCCCCUCUCCGCCCCCAAAUUGCUGUUCCGUUGCCCUGCCUUGCCGGCGGGGCCGGGGCUGCCGCAGCCGCCGCUCCCCAUAUUGCACUGCAGCGCCCCCGCCCCCUCUCUCCUUCUCUCCCUCUCCCCCAGCUUCUUCCUCGGCCGCUCCGGGGCACGAGCUGAAAGUUUCUCUGCGGGCGAGAGUGGAAGCGCCGAGCCUGGAGUGAGCAGCAGUCGGAAGAGUAGCCGGCGACCGAGAUGGCUGGAGAGCUGAGCAUCGGCCCAGAGCUGCCCACCAGCCCGCUGGCCAUGGAGUACGUGAAUGACUUCGACCUCAUGAAGUUUGAUGUGAAAAAGGAGCCCCUAAGCCGGGCGGAGCGCCCUGGACGUCACUGCACUCGCCUGCAGCCCGCAGGGUCGGUGUCGUCCACCCCCAUCAGCACUCCCUGCAGCUCUGUGCCCUCUUCGCCCAGCUUCAGCCCCACGGAGCAGAAGACGCACCUGGAAGAUCUGUACUGGAUGGCCAACAGCUACCAGCAGAUGAACCCGGAGGCUCUCAACCUGACCCCAGAGGAUGCGGUGGAGGCGCUGAUUGGCUCUCACCAGGUCCCCCAGCAGCUGCAGGGCUUCGAGAACUUCCGGGCCCACCACCACCACCAUCACCAACAUCAGCACCACCACCACCAAUACCCCGGAGUCAGCCACGAUGACCUGGCCAACGGAGGGCACCCCCACCACCACCACCAUCACCAUCAAGCGUCUCCCACCCCUUCGACCUCCUCCACCUCAUCCCAGCAGCUGCCCAAUAACCACCCGGCGGCGCACCCAGCCUCUAGCAGCGUGGAAGACCGCUUCUCGGACGACCAGUUGGUGUCCAUGUCGGUAAGGGAGCUGAACCGGCACCUGCGAGGCUUCACCAAGGACGAGGUGAUCCGCCUCAAGCAGAAGAGGAGGACCUUGAAGAACAGGGGCUACGCCCAGUCCUGCAGGUAUAAACGAGUCCAGCAGAAACACCACCUGGAAAACGAGAAGACCCAACUCAUCCAGCAGGUGGAACAGCUCAAGCAGGAGGUGUCCCGGCUGGCCCGCGAGAGAGAUGCUUACAAGCUGAAAUGCGAGAAACUUGCCAGCAAUGGCUUCAGGGAGGCCGGCUCCACCAGCGACAAUCCCUCCUCUCCAGAGUUCUUCAUAACUCUGUGGACUGAGAGAAGGGACAUUGACCAAGACAUCCCUAAGAGUCCGCCCGCUGGCGAGGAAAGAAAGGAAGGAAGGACCUUGCGAAUGAGCAGCCAGCGCCUCGCGCAGGACUUAACCUGCUGCUCAGGAUGGAAAAUGCAAGAGGAGGGGAGAGAGACAGUGUGUGUAAAGUGUUCAUAUGAUGCCUCCUUUGAGACCUAGUGACCGAGGACUCAGAUGGGACGGUCAAUGCGAAAUAUCAUAAGUUUUGCCUGCUUGAUUAUAUAGAAAAAAAAAACACGAAAAUCUGCAUCAAAAAUAUUAAUCCUGCAUGCUGGACAUGUAUGGUAAUAACUUCUAUUUUGUACCAUUUUCCUGUUUAACUUUAGCAUGUUGUUGAUCACGGAUCAUCGCUUUUGGUUUAUUUCUCUGGGUAAGAAGGUGUCGCAGUUCUAACCCUUGGACUGCUGGGCGGGCAGUGAUUUUUUCUGUUCUGGUUGUUAGCUUGUAAAUAUCUGCCCCCAGGAAACCGCACAGAGGCGGCUCAGCAGGCUGGCAGGCUGUGUCUGGGUUUGGUGUUUUUUUUUUUUUUUUUUUUAAGUAAAGAAAUAAAGUUACGGGCAUUUGCAUCUGCAUUCAGAAAGCAACUUUUUUUUUUUUUUUAAAUAUGGGGCGCACUUUGGAGUUGUGUUUUCUUUUCUAUACCCCCACCCACCCCCCUGUAGUUUUCAUUUUGGUUUUUCUUUGUUGGGGACAGAGUGAGAGCUGCUCGAGGUCACAGAGGGAAACAAACCAGGGGAAGGGGGUGGCGGUGGAAGGAGAGCUAUCCCUUGGCAAUGGAUUCUGGCGGCUCCAGAAUUUAAAGAGGUAGAGACAGUUAGUGUCUGCCUGGAGUGCGCAGCCUGGGGAAGAGAGAAGGGUAGCUUCACAUAUAGACAUUUUUUCACCCCUUUAUAUCUGAAAUGUUACACACUCAGGAAAUAGAAGAGAGGAAAAAAAAAAAAAAAGAUCUACAAUGAUUGUCUUGUUUGCUUUUCCAUUGUAACCAAAACCUCUUCUUGGGUCUCUCUCUCUCUCUCUCUCUCUC